GCCACUACGGUGUCAAUUUUUAACAUUGUAUCGAACGAUCCUUUGUAGUUUAUCUAUGCGAUUAGUCAUUAUGCCAUUUUGUGUGCAAGAAGUCUAAAGUUAUUAUAGUUAUUUGUUACAAGAUAGAAAAAGUGUAAUGUUGAGAAAUGGUUUAUGCUAGGUUUUGCAGAAAAAAUCGGAUAAUAUUGCGUAAUACGAUUGUGUCACAAUAGUGGAGUGAUGUGAUUGUAAAGUUAGUUAUGCACAUUUCUUGAUUUGGGGUAAUAGAUGGAGGACAAAGGGGUGAAACCACGACCUCGAUCAAAUUCAGCAAGAGUAUUGGUUUUUAACGAACCAAAGCCUGGAUUUCGACUAGAACAUAGGCAGAAUUCAUGUACUGAUUCAUGGCUUUCACGAAAACAAUCAGAUCCUGAAAAUGGUGCAUCAAACCUAGUUCGGAUAAGGAAAUCGGCGUUGGGAAAGUCUGCUCCAUCAUUAUCGUUAAAUAUGAAGGACUCUUCUUCUUCUGUGAAUAGAAGGAAUAGUCGGUCAAGUGCAAUACAUAGAUUGAGUUUUGUUACAAAUACAAGUCCAGUACUACCAAGAUCUCAUUCACCAGUUUGUGGUAGUCCUCUUGAUAGCCCUAGAACACACACCAGCUUCAAUAACUUCUCAUUCGCACCUAUCAAAAGGAUUGUAGCUGGAUAUCGAGGAGAUGGAAGAAGAUGGUCUGUUGCUUCUCUUCCUUCAUCAGGUUAUGGAACAACACCAGGAAGUUCAAACAUGUCGUCAAAAUGCUCUAGUCAAGAACGAUUACAUCAGUUACCUCAUAUUCCUACUUCUGAAGAUAUUAGAAUAUUAACUCAUCAUUUUUCGAGUAACGAAAGCAAUGCCUCUUUACCCAGUUGUGAAGAUACUUCGUCAGUGAGUCACCGGUCUCCUCUUCAUAGGCCACGGUCUCGGAGCCUAAGUUUAUAUUUAUUUCAUUCUAGUAGUCCAAGUAGAACUCCAGUUAUCGACAACGAAGUAUGUAUGAUGAACGUUCUAUAUAAAGAACGAUUUCCAAAAGCAACUCAGCAAAUGGAAGAAAGAUUAGGAAAUUUUAUUGAAGAAAACAAAAUAUUAGAUUUUGGAAAAGAUUGUGAUUACUUACCUAUUGUUCGUUUUGUUCACCAUCAAGUUCUAGAGAUAGCUAGAGACUGCUUGCAUAAAUCACAAACUAAAUUGAUUACCAGUCAGUAUUUUCACGAGAUGUCCGAAAAUUUGGAACGUUUAUUAUCAGAGACUAAGGAAAAAUCCGAGGAUGCAGCUAAUUUGUUAACAAGUUUUAUUAAAAAGCUUCUUCUAAUAAUAUCUAGACCAGCGCGUCUCUUAGAAUGUUUGGAAUUUGAUCCUGAAGAAUUUUAUCAUUUUCUGGAAGCAGCCGAGGGCCAAGUAAAAGGAAUGCAAGGUAUAAAAGCUGAUAUCCCUCAGUACAUUAUUCAAAAAUUGGGUCUAAAUAGAGACCCAAUAGCGGAACUCCAACAAGAACUCCGCGAUUAUAACUGGUCAAAUGAAAAUAAACCAGUGGUUUUGAAUACAAAUCCAACUAUGAGAAAAACAUUAUCAAACCCUAAUGAAAAUGAUUUUGAAAUAGUUAAACUCAUUUCCAAUGGAGCCUAUGGAGCUGUCUAUUUAGUGAAGCACAAACAGACUCGAUUGCGAUUUGCAAUGAAAAAAAUUAACAAAAACAACUUAAUGUUACGUAAUCAGGUAGAACAAGUUUUCGCUGAAAGGGAUAUACUUAGUUUUGCUGAUAAUCCUUUUGUAGUCAGUAUGUACUGUAGUUUUGAAACUAAGAAACAUCUAUGCUUAGUAAUGGAAUAUGUGGAAGGUGGAGACUGUGCAAGUUUAUUAAAAAAUAUUGGACCUCUUCCUGCAGACAUGGCUCGAUUUUACUUCGCUGAGACAGUACUAGCUGUUGAGUACUUACAUUCCUAUGGGAUUGUGCAUAGGGAUUUAAAACCAGAUAACCUUUUAAUUACAGCGUUGGGGCAUAUCAAACUAACGGAUUUCGGAUUAAGUAAAGUGGGUCUCAUGUCGUUGGCUACAAAUUUAUAUGAAGGGUAUGUGGACACGGAGUCUAGAAAGUUUUCGGACAAGCAAGUUAUUGGUACUCCUGAAUAUAUUGCACCUGAAGUUAUCUUGAGGCAAGGAUAUGGAAAACCAGUGGAUUGGUGGUCUAUGGGAAUUAUUCUCUACGAGUUCCUUAUUGGUUGUGUUCCAUUUUUCGGAGAAACGCCUGAAGAGUUAUUUGCACAUACUGUACAAGAUGAAAUAGAAUGGCCUGAAAAUGAAGACUGGCCUAUACAAGGAGAAGCUAAAGAUCUCAUUAUUUCUCUUCUACAACAUUCACCUAGAGAUAGAUUAGGCACUGGAGGCGCACAUGAAAUUAAAGAACAUGUUUACUUCAAUACGAUAGACUGGAAUUCACUACUUAGAAAAAAGGCUGAAUUUAUUCCUCAGCUACAACAUGAUGAAGAUACAAGUUAUUUUGAUAGUAGAAUAGAUCGUUAUAGUCACGAAUUAGAAGAUGAUACCGACGAUACCGAUGAUUCACCAGUGUUUGGUCUAUUUUCUUCCUGUUCUCCACAAUAUAAGAAAGUGUCAGAGUUAAGUUCCUUAAGUACUGAUACUGAUGCUGAAAUUAGUAGUUCAUCGUUAAAACUCAGUGCUUCUGAAGCAUCCGUGCCUGGAACUCCAGAAAUUUCAGAAUCAAAACCAAAAUCAAAACUAACAGAUAAUUUAAUUGUAUUCCCCCGAGCAAUAGAAAAGAAGAAACCUGAGAAUAAAAUGAUCUCGCUUGAUCUAUCAUCUUAUAUUAUAAGUACUCCAGAAUCAUCACAAACAGAUAGUGAUGAUGUGUCACCUCAAAUAAACAGAAGAAAGAAAACAACCCACACUAGGGACUUCUUACCUAAAUUUUCAAUAUCUGUCGAAGAUGAACAUUCUAUUGGUGGAGAAAAUAGAGAUUUUCCUUCACUAAGUCAAAUUAAAUCUGGAGUAUUUGGACAUUCGCCUAGAUCUGUGGUGAGAAGUGCAAGUACAUCAGGAUUAUCACUUAUGAUACCAGCAGAUGAUAUAACCUCAACACCACAUCUGAUCCAUCCAACAAAUGCCGGAGGAGGGUCAAGCACCGCUAGUUCUCGAGAUACUUCUCCAUGUCGUGAAUUAUCUCCAUUAGGAUCUACUUUGAAACCACCUAUUAUUAUUCGUAGAGGUCCUAAAGGAUUUGGUUUUACUGUUCAUACAAUCAGAGUCUAUUAUGGAGACACUGAUGUAUACACAAUGCACCAUCUAGUUAUGGCAGUAGAUGAAGGUAGUCCAGCCUUUGAAGCGGGGCUUCGUCCAGCAGACCUAAUCACUCAUAUAAAUGGGGAAACAGUUCAAGGGUUAUACCACACUCAAGUUUUACAACUUUUGUUGGGUGGUGCCGAACAUGUAAGUUUAAGAGCUACACCUUUGGAACAAACCUCUAUUAAGACUGGAGGUCGAAAAAGGGAGCCAGGGCAAAGCAAACUGGCAAGAAGAAGUCUAAACAGACAGAAGAAACAAAAGAAGGAAAGUGAUAAACGGCGAAAAACUUCUUUGUUUAAGAGGAUAAGUAGUAAAAGGGCCAGCGUUGAAAUGCAACAUAUUUCAAGUGCUAAUCUUCAAUCACCAGUCGGGGUGACUCCAAGCAGAAGUUUUCAGUCAUUUACUAGAAGUAGUGAUAACAGCUUCAGUGCAAAUACAAUCAGAGCUGCCGUUACACCUAGAUCAAAUUUAUCUACUCCAGAUUCUUUUUCAUUAGCCACUGUACAGUUUUCCCCACAAUCAUCUUCGUCAGAGAGUCCAUCACCAACUACAGUUCCCUCUAAUCGCAGUAGUAAACAACAUUAUCAAAGGCCUUCGACUUUGCAUGGCCUUAAACACAAGUUACAUACAACGGGUUGUUCAAAAGCAUUACACACAACUGGCCCUGCUUGCUCGCCUGCUGUGCAAAGUAGAAGAAAAUCUGUUGGUCAUAUUCCUUUAUCACCAUUAGCUCGUACACCAUCUCCAUCUCCUUUACCAGCUUCUCCAACGAGAUCUCCAAGUCCCUUGGCUUUUCCCAUCGGACAUCAACCAGGCAGCUCAAAUACAACUCAAUCUUAUAGCCCUAGCGCAGGCUCUGCUCCAAUAGCAGCAAUUGGCCAACCAAAAAAAAGUUUUGCAAGAGCGAAAAGUGGUGAACCUGGAUCACCAUUGCUGAGAAGAGCAUUAUCUCCUGAUAGACUGCAUCCCAGAAGUGCCGAAAGUAAAUGUUCAAUUUCACCAUUAUGUUCAUCUGGUAGUACAUGCAGCUCUAAUGUUAAAUGCCAGGGUAGAGUUGGAGGAAGUUCUUCAAUUUGGCAUCCAAAUACCCAACAAGAUCAGGAUAAAGACAGUGAUUUAGACAUCUCCCAAUCAAGUGAUUCAAGUCUAAAUUCGUCCACGCCCGAAAACCGUUUAUCUCUAAAUUUAUCAGGAGUUGGAGAGCUGCUUCCACGUAUUGCUGAGGAAAAAGAUUCUCCAACAAAUGGCCAGGAAGCUAAACAGAAAAAGUUUACUAAAAGUUUUGAAGAAAAACCAAGUUAUAAAGAACCUUUAAAAGAAGAGAAUACUUCUAAAGAAAAUAUUGAUAAGAAAGAAAAAAAUUCUGUGAAUAUCGAGAAUAAAGAUACUGUGAAAAAAGAUGAAAUUGAUAAGUUGAAAAAGAAUAUACAGAAAAAUGAUACAGGUAAAAAAGCGGACAAAGAAAAGAAAGCAAAAUCGGAAGAAUUUCACAAAGUAGACAAAGAGAAGAAACUUAAAGUAGAGGAAGAUCAAAAUAAAAGUGACAGAGAUAAGAAAAGCAAUGUGAAUUAAUGGAAAACAAAACAAAAUAUCUGGUAAAUCUGAAAAUUCAACUAACAAAAUAAAGAUAAUAUAAAAUAAUCAACACAUCAGAGGAAACACAUAGUCAAACAGUCACAGCCAACACUUUGCUGAAUAAAUCUGAUAAGAAAGACAAAAUUGAUAUUACUGAAUAGAUUGUGUGUGUGUGUGUGGUGUGUGUGUGCGUGUGGUGUGUGUGUAUGGUGUGUGAGUGUGUGUGUAUGUUGUGUGUGUGUGUGUGUGUAUGGUGUGUGUGUGUGUAUGGUGUGUGUGUGUGUGUGUGUGUGUGUGUGGUGUGUGUGUGGUGUGUGUGUGUGUGUGUGGUGUGUGUGUGUGUGUGUGUGUGUGUGUGUGUGUGUGUGUGUUUGUGUACAUAGAGCUGUGCUUCCUUUUUAUAUCUCCAUUGUUCGGUGACGUUGAUUUAAAUGUUUUUAGCAAGUUUGUGACUAAAAAUGAAAUUUCAGUAGUUAUAGUAUACAUUUUAUACUAUUAGAGGUAAGAGCUAAGAACUGUAAAAAUCGACUUUGCUAAACAAUAUAAAGAGAAGCAAAGCUUUGGCGUUUGCAAAUUUAUUUUGAGUUUUUCUUUAAAUAUGUUCUGAUCAUUAUACGAACAUCUAAAUCACUCGUGAUUACUAUUAUUAUAUAGUUUUAAUAUGAAGUAAAGCAGCAUACAUGAGUUAAUAAGUUUCAAUUACGACCUAACUAAUUCUAUGCAUGGAGCUAUUUUCUUCUUAUCUGAUUUUAUGUACUAUAUUGUAUAGGUUUAAGUGGAACAUAAAAGUAUUGUGUUUAUUUUUUUCUCUUAAUCAACUUCGGUAUAAAUAAAUUAUGUCUUUGUAGUUACUGAUAAAUAUGCUGCCACUUGCACAACUUGAUUUUUUUAAUAUUCAAUAUCUAAAGUCAUCUGUUAAAAAUUUGAUUUGUUUAGGUGCAUUUUUAGAUUAAGGUAAUAUUAAUUUCAUCAGUAAAGUCAGUCAUUUUUGUCCUAACAAGUUUUUCUUAUUUUUGUUCUGAUUGAGGCUUUAACAUUAUUUUGUAAAUAUUUCAUCUACUUUCCAAAAAGCUAUUCGACUAUAUUUUUUAUUAUGGAGAAAUUAAUUUAAAAAAAUAAUAUUAACACCAUACGAUUAUGUAUUUAAUUUCUAUGAAAAUUCAUUUGACAAAUCGAAAAUUUAAUAUAGUUCUGUGAUAAAUAUCUUAAAUCAAUGUUAAAUUUUUUCACAAUAAGUUGCAAAAUAUUGGACUUGGUCUAGUGGGUUGCUCAAUUUGAUUCUUUUUUUGGGUAUGAUGUUGAAACUGUUAAGCUAGUCACUUGUUUUUUAUGUAUAUUAUUGGUGUUUUAUAAUAAUGGCUUGAAUCCCUAUUUAUAUCAAGAAAGGAGUUUCAUAGUUAUUGGUAUUCAGGUAUUAAUGAAUUAGUUUUCUACAUUAUAUUUUAUAAACCUUUUUAUACUGCAUUUUUAUAAUCAUAUUUUCGGUUUUAGAAAGAUGUUUUAGAAAUUUUUUAUAAUUAUAUCACAAAAUUACAAGAAACGUCAUAAUUUGUAUUGUUAUAUACCAAUUUUAUACUUAAAUCAAAAAACAAUUUUUUUAAUAGAAACAAACAGUAAAUUUAUGAUUAUUAAUAAACAGUAAAAAUUAUUUGAAUUUGUGAAAACUAGUUCAUUCUGAAAUAUCUUGAAUUAUCAUAACAUAAUGUACCUUAUCAAUUACAUGAACUUUUUUUUACUCUUUUAUAGAUUAUUAUUGAGGUUAUUUAGUAUACAUAAUUUUUAUUGUAUUUAAAAUUUAAGCUAUUCUAAAAUUUAUGCUUAUAAAUACUGUAUUAUUUUUUGAUGAUUAGUAAAAUAUAUUUAUGGUGCCGA